AUGGCCGAGCCCAUUCGUGGAAAGCGUGCUCAGGACGCCGUGGCUCCUACGCCUCAGAACACACCCGCAACUGCUGCUCCCAUCUCUUCCCACGCUCAACAGCCGGGCGUUGCUAGUAUCAAGGAGGGAUCAUCGUCUAACCCCGCUGUAGAGGAUCUGGACCGUGCCGCCGCGGCUUCAGUUUUCGCCCAAAACCCCAAGCUUAUCCAGAUGAUUCAGGGUCGCCUCGGCUCCCUCGUGGGCCAAUCUUCGGGCUACAUCGAGUCCCUGCCCGCUCCUGUCCGCCGACGUGUCGCUGGUCUUAAGGGUAUCCAGAAGGAUCACUCCAAGCUCGAGGCUGAGUUCCAAGAAGAGGUUCUCCAGCUCGAGAAGAAGUACUUCGCCAAGUUCUCUCCUCUCUACGAGAAGCGUUCCGCCAUUAUCAACGGAAAGACUGAGCCUACUGAGGAGGAGAUCAAGGCCGGUGAGGAGGAAGAUGAGCCCGAGACUGAGGAUGCUGCCAAGUCUGAGCAGAAGUCCGAUGUCCCCGACAACGUUUCCGGUAUCCCCGAGUUCUGGCUCUCCGCAAUGAAGAACCAGAUCUCUCUCGCUGAGAUGAUCACUGACCGUGAUGAGGCUGCCCUCAAGCACCUCACCGACAUCCGCAUGGAGUACCUUGACAAGCCUGGUUUCCGUCUCAUCUUCGAGUUUGCUCCCAACGAUUUCUUCAAGAACACCACCAUUACCAAGACAUACUACUACCAGAACGAGAGUGGCUACGGUGGUGACUUCAUCUACGACCAUGCUGAGGGUGACAAGAUUGAGUGGUUGCCUGGCAAGGACUUGACUGUCCGAGUCGAGAGCAAGAAGCAGCGAAACAAGAACACAAAGCAGACCCGAAUUGUCAAGAAGACCGUUCCUACCGAGUCAUUCUUCAACUUCUUCUCGCCACCCAAGGCUCCUACCGAUGACGAUGACGAUGAUGCCGAGUCCGACAUCGAGGAGCGCCUCGAGCUCGACUACCAGCUCGGUGAGGACAUCAAGGAGAAGCUCAUCCCCCGCGCUAUCGACUGGUUCACCGGCGAGGCUCUGGCUUUCGAGGAGAUCUCGGACGAUGAGCUUGAUGGUGCCGAUUUCGACGACGAGGAUGAUGAGGACGAGGAUGACCUGAGCGAGGAGAACGAUGACGAGGAGGAGUCUGACGACGACGAUGAGUCUGGCAAGCCUAAGCAGGAGGCUGCUGAGUGCAAACAGAGCUGA